AUGUUUAUUGAAACAUGGAGUCUGUAUUUUCCAGAAGAAGAAUACACAGCAUUUAAUGAAGCUGUUUCUAUCAUUACGAAAUUUAAACAAGUUGUUGUUGAGCUGGUAAAACCAGAAACUGUGUUUAAAAGCAAAAUAUAUGAAGUAACAUUUGAAAACUUUAAAAAAGUUUUUUUGAAUGAAUUGGAAGACAACAAUAUUGAUUUAGUAAUUAACUGUAUUUCUUGUGCAAUUUCUGAAGUUUUAAAAGAUAAAAAUUUUGGUUUUAUAAAGAUUAUUACCAGAAUUACACAAUUUAAUAAGAUUAAAGAUAUUGAUGCUAUUAAUACAGAACAUUUGGGCAGAUUAAUUUAUCUUAAGGGAACGAUUAGCAGAGUAGGAUUUAAAAGAAUAAUUAUUUACAAAGCAUUUUUUGAAUGCAAAAAAUGUAAUGAAAUAUUAUCUAUAAACUUUCAAAAAAAUACAUUUAAGCCACCAACUAAAUGUCUGAAUGCUUGUAAAUCGAAAAGCUUUAAUUUUUUAUACAAUCAUCCGCAGAUAGUUAUACGGGAUAUGCAAGAAAUAAAAUUGCAAAGAUUUAAUGAUUUGACUCAUGAGUUUAAGCCGGAAGAGAUGAAUAUUGAUUGUGUAAUUUACGAUGAUUUUGUUGGUACUUUAGCACCUGGUGAUGUUGUUAGUUUGUGUGGUAUAGUAAGUGCAGAAAAUGAAAGCAAUAGUCUUUAUAAACUUGUUGUACAAGUUAAUAACUUAGAACAUAUAAAAAACAAAAGCUUAUAUGUAGAAGAGUUGGAUUGUGCAGAAGAAGACUUUAGGGAAUUUAAAAAAAUUUCUAAAACGAAAAAUAUUGUUGCAUCCCUAAUUCAUUCAUUAUAUAGUACAAUUUAUGGCCAUGAUUUGAUUAAAACCGGAUUGUUACUGUCAUUGUUUGGUGGAACUAAAAAAUACGUAGGACACAAUGAGAUCCGAUCUGAAAUUCAUACCUUAAUAAUUGGAGAUCCGGGAUUAGGUAAAAGUAAAAUGUUACUAAAUUCAUGUGGAAUUUUACCAAAAAGUACUUAUGUUAGUGGAAAUCUUACUACAACAGCAGGAUUAACAGUGUCAAUUGCACAUGAUCCUAUUUCUGGGGAUUAUAUGGCAGAUGCAGGUGCUUUGGUUGUUUCAGAUAAUGGACUGUGUUGCAUUGACGAAUUUGAUAAAAUUGAUGAUCAUUCGGCUCUUUUUGAAGCCAUGGAAGAUCAAAAAGUAACUGUUGCUAAAGGUGGUGUUAUUUGUAGUGUACCAACAAGAUCCACAAUAAUAGCUGCAUCCAAUCCUAGAUUUGGACAUUUUAACCACUCCAAAUCUGUAAAAGAUAAUUUAAAGUUUGAUAAUGGCCUAUUAUCCAGAUUUGAUUUGGUUUUUAUAUUAAUUGAUAAUUUAAAUGAAAAAGAAAAUUAUGAAAUAUCAGAUCAAAUAUUAAAAAGAAGGCAUUUAACCUCUUCUUCAAAUUCAACAGAUUUAAAUAAGCUUAUACAAAACAUAAAAACAGAUAAAUUUACCAAGACAUUGUGUAAAACUGAUAGUACAGUUAUUUAUUCGAUGGAUAUUAUAAAGAAAUACAUAGCCUAUGCACGUUCUAGUGUCUUUCCGUGUUUAAAUAAUUUGGCAAAAGAAGAGUUAAAAAAAUAUUAUUUGACUAUCAGAGAAAAAAAUAAUGCAACGACAAGAGAUUUAGAAUCAUUAAUAAGAAUUACUGAGGCACGUGCUAAGAUGGAACUUAGAAGUAUAUGCAAUAAAAGUGAUGCUUUGUUUAGUAUUGAUUUACAUAAGAGAUUGCUAGAGACUGAUAUGAAAAAAAUAAAAAAACUUAAAACUAUAAAAGAAUUUAUAGAUCUUUUAAAAAUAGAAUCAGGAAAAAAAGAUGAUUUGUUAUUUGUUAUUGAUGAAAUUAAAGAUUUAUUCGACACUACAGAAAUUAAUAAAUCUUUUAAUGAAAUUUUAGAUCAAUUAAACUACCGUGGUGUCUUAAUAAAAAAAUCUGAUAAAAAAUAUAAAUUAAUAAUGGAUUAA